AUGCCUACAAAACUGUAUUGUGGUAAUGUUCCGCCUACUGUUAGUAGUACUGAAUUGAAAGAAUUAUUUGAAAAAUAUGGAAAAGUUCUUGAAUGUGAUAUUAUUAAAGAUUAUGGAUUUAUACAUAUGGAAGAUGCCAGUAAAGCUAAAGCUGCGAUUGCUGCAUUAAACGAUUUUAAUUUGAAAGGAACAAGAAUCAAAGUGGAGAUGUCUACCACUCAAACAAGAAAAGGUGAACGAUCACAAAAACGUAUUCCAUCUAGUAUGGGUUCAAGUCCGCCUCCUUCCAUGUCAAUGAGAUCUUCACGUGAUUAUCCAAUGAUGCCUGUACAUCGAAAUGGUUAUGGUUCAGAUCGUUUUUCAAUGCGUUCAAUUGAUCGUUAUCAACCCUAUGAUCAUCCAUACGUUCGUCGUGGUGGCGAUCAUCGAAGUUUAGGACCGUCAAUGAGUUACGGCGAUCCCUAUUUACGUGAUCCAUAUCGAGAUGAUUACUAUCGUGCAUUGGCGGCAUCCGAUCUUCAUCGUUCAAUGCGGUAUGAUUAUCACGGUUCGUAUCCGUCUGGUCCGUAUCCGUUGCCACAAUCAUCAAGUUCGUCGCGAAGUCGGUAUGCGUCGCCACCAUCAUCUGAUCGUUUUCCAUCUGAUAGAAUGAAUGGACGUCAACGAUAUCAAUCGCCGCCACCACGUCGUUCAUCAUCAUCUCGGCAGUCAAAAACAUCGCGAUCAAGACGAUAA